ACUAACCGCAAUGGCUAUGCUCAAGUCCCUCGUCCUCGCCGCUACGGCGCUCAUUAACGUCGCCGUUGCCAGCACCGCGUUAUCCUCUGGAGCCGCUCCCGCAGUCACGUCGAUCCACCUCAUCACAUCCGUCACCUUCGUCUCUGGCUUGGCGGACGCGCACAGCAAGACGUGCGACACGACGACAGUGACUCAAGUUGCGCCUCCCACCACGGUGACUGUGACUGCGAUCCCUAGCACGACCGCUCACUCUUCUGCUGUUACUUCUGGUCUCGACAAGACUGUCCAAGUCUCCUUCAUCCCGGUUAAAUCGACUACUAUCUCAACUGCUAUCUUGCACGAAACCAAAACCGUUACCUCUACAACUAAGCCGCCUUACAAUGUUCCUGUCAACUCGACGGUUCCCGUGGCUACGCCUACGCUUAUCUUCUCGCACUCGCAUCACGCUAACUCCAGCACCGUGCUCCUUACGGGAACGGGUUCGCCGCCUAGUGCUUCUUAUUCGCCUCCUUAUACCUCGCCUAAGUUCAACGCUGCUACGGAUGCUAAGAAUGUAGCUGGUAUUGUGCUUGUUGGAGGUGUCGUCUUGGCGCUUUGGGGGGCUUAGAUGGGAGGGUAUAUUUAGGGUCCUGUAUGCUGAUUUCCGAUCUUACUGAUGACAAGGAAGGAGAUUAAUGGAAGUUUGGUGGUAAUGGCUAGAUGAGUCUUCUUCGUUCGAUAGGGAAUGGAUCGAGGAUAUGAGGGUGAUAUGGUCUUGUAGUAGAUACUUGCAUAAAGAAAGGAGUGACAAGUUGUGAUUCCAUGAUCCCAUUGACACGAUCAAUGAAUGCCGAGUGAUUAUUUUCUCACCUCCCAUUCCGUC